AUGGAGUUUUUCUCUAUGCUGGAACAGGCGUUCCCGUUCAGUAAUCAGACUACACUGCUACUGGGAUACCUGCCCGACUCGAACGUGGUCAUGACUGCCAGUCUGUUCGGAUUCGCCGGCGCCCUUUCGAAGCUCGCGCAGGCGUACGUGAUGAGUUUCCUAAAGGCAGUGGACUCGUCAACCAAGAGCGGAGGACUGAUGGCCAUGUUUGAUCUGAAGAACGAAUUCGCGUCUUCGUGGUCUCGUCUGGCGAACGCGGCGGGUCUGUCCGGCUAA